UAACACAAACCCCACAUUCCAACCAAACUCUGCUUUUCUCUUUUAUGUUCUUUAACAAAUACCAUAGAGCCAUACACUAAUCAAAUUCAAAAUUAUUAUCCUCCAAAAACCCAAAUCCAAAAACACCUCAAAAACAAAAUGCAAAAAAACAAAUCCUAUUUUUAAAAUACCCAAAAGGAAAAAAGAAAGUUUGAAGAACUCCCACGCUCUGUUCUCUUGCUUUGAGGACUCUGCAGGAAGUGCAACAAGGCCUGCUCCCAAUUCUCAAAGCUAAAAAUUAAAUUUUUUUUCUCUUUUCCCACUUUUUAAUUUUCUUUUUUUUUUACUGUUUAUUGCCUUAAGAUUCACCAUUCCCAUAAACCAAAACACAUGCCCUUUCAUUCCCCAACCUCAUUUCAUCAUCUCCAUCACUUUCUUCCUCUUCUUCUUCUUCUUCACAGUUUCCUUUGGUUUUUUUUCUCCUCUUAGUUCUCCAUAGCCAUUUUCUUCAUCCGAGGAAGAAGAAGAAGAAGGAGAAGAAGGAGAAGAUGAUUACCCUUUCAGAUUUCUACCAUGUAAUGACUGCAGUGGUUCCUCUUUAUGUGGCUAUGAUUUUAGCUUAUGGGUCUGUGAAAUGGUGGAAGAUCUUCACUCCUGAUCAAUGCUCUGGAAUCAAUCGUUUUGUUGCACUUUUUGCUGUUCCUCUUCUAUCUUUUCAUUUCAUUUCCACAAACAAUCCCUACACUAUGAACUUACGAUUUAUUGCUGCAGACACUCUCCAAAAACUCAUUGUUCUUGCUGUUCUUGCUGUUUGGAGUAACAUAAGUAAAAGGGGUUGUUUGGAAUGGACGAUUACUCUAUUUUCUCUUUCCACUCUUCCCAAUACUUUGGUUAUGGGGAUUCCUUUGCUUAAAGGGAUGUAUGGGGAUUUUUCAGGGAGCUUGAUGGUUCAGAUUGUUGUACUUCAAUGCAUUAUUUGGUACACAUUGAUGCUGUUCAUGUUUGAAUAUAGAGGAGCCAGAAUGCUGAUUUCUGAACAGUUUCCAGAUACUGCUGGUUCUAUAGUCUCAAUCCAUGUCGAUUCUGACAUUAUGUCGUUAGAUGGAAGGCAAGUUUUGGAAACAGAAGCUGAGAUUAAAGAAGAUGGGAAGCUUCACGUGACUGUGAGGAAAUCAAAUGCUUCAAGAUCAGAUAUCUUCUCAAGAAGAUCAGUUGGGUUGUCUUCUACAACUCCACGCCCUUCAAACUUAACCAAUGCAGAGAUUUACUCUUUGCAAUCAUCUCGAAAUCCCACUCCUAGAGGCUCAAGUUUCAACCACACUGAUUUUUACUCUAUGAUGGCUGCUGGUGGAAGAAACUCCAACUUUGGCUCUUCUGAUGUUUAUGGCCUUUCGGCGUCGAGAGGUCCGACACCUAGGCCGUCUAAUUACGAGGAGGAAGGCGGCGGUAACGGUGGGAAGCCGAGGUUUCAUUACAAUGCUACAACAGGGGGCAAUGCUAAUGCAAAUGCUAAUGUAAAUGCUAAUGUAAAUCAUUACCCUGCUCCAAACCCAGGAAUGUUUUCACCUACAGGGUCUAAAAAUGCACAACCCAAUAAUGCUAAGAAGCCUGCCAAUGGGAAAACAGAGGAUGGAAGCAGAGAUUUACAUAUGUUUGUUUGGAGUUCAAGUGCUUCCCCUGUUUCUGAUGUUUUUGGGAACCAUGAAUUUGGAGCUCAUAAUGAUCAAAAGGAUGUAAGAUUAGCUGUCUCUCCUGGAAAAGUGGACGGACGUAGAGAGAACCAAGAAGAAUAUGCAGAGAGAGAAGAUUUCAGCUUUGGAAAUAGAGAAAUGAUGAACAGUAACAACAAUGGAGGAGUAGGAGUAGGAGUAGGAGGAACAGAGAAAGUUGGUGAUAUUAAACCCAAAACCAUGCCACCCACUAGUGUUAUGACAAGGCUAAUCUUGAUCAUGGUUUGGAGAAAGCUCAUAAGAAACCCCAACACUUACUCUAGUUUAAUUGGUCUCACUUGGUCCUUAGUCUCAUUCAGGUGGAAUGUUGAAAUGCCAGCCAUUAUUGCAAAAUCCAUUUCUAUACUAUCUGAUGCAGGGCUUGGAAUGGCCAUGUUUAGUCUUGGUUUGUUCAUGGCAUUGCAACCAAGGAUCAUAGCAUGUGGAAAUAGCAUAGCAGCUUUUUCAAUGGCUGUGAGAUUCCUUACAGGUCCAGCUGUAAUGGCUGUUGCUUCAAUUGCUGUUGGCCUUAGAGGAGUUCUCCUACGUGUUGCCAUUGUCCAGGUCACUCUCUUCUCUCUUUCCUCUGACAUUGCCUCUUAUCUUGCCUUCUCCACUUCAUUACACUCCAAGAACUUUUUCCCCUUUAAAAAAAAGACCACAUACAUAUUUAUAUUUAGCUUUGGUUUGUUUAUCCAAAUGGGUAUUGAAAAAAACUGAUGCUUUUUAGAUAUUCCUCAAGUUAGAGUUUAGUCUGUGUACUUUUGUAAAAAUGAAAUCAAAUUUAUAAUUUAACUGUUUUUGGUAAUAUAAUUGUGAAAAAAGGGGGAGUAAAAGAAGUUGUGUAGUUUGGAGGGAAAUGGUUUGUAUGUAUAUAGAUAGUUAAGGACCCUAUUUGGUGAUAUGUUUGGAAACAAACAUCUGUUGCUCUGUUUAACAUGUUUCUUUGCCCCAUGUGUUUGGAUUUUCCAUAGCACAAAACAUAUCUAUAAAUUUAUUUUCUUUUUUCUUCUUGGAAAAAAAAAAUAAAAAUAAAACAGGCAGCUCUCCCACAAGGAAUUGUCCCCUUUGUCUUUGCCAAGGAGUACAAUGUACAUCCUGAUAUCCUCAGCACAGGGUAUGUAUCUCUAGUCUUUGUACAGUAAUGUCCUUCAUAACUAAACUAAACUUGCAUGUUUCUUAAAAGAAAAAAAAUAAAUAAAAAUAAACUUACAACUUUGUCUUUCAACGUUUCGAAGUUAUCAAGUAGAAGUUGGAUUGAGAUUUACAUAACAGUUCAACGGUACUAUUGGAUCAUCACUGAUAAUAUACAAUGACGGUUUUUGUUGGUUUGCAGAGUUAUCUUUGGGAUGUUGGUUGCAUUGCCGAUCACGCUUGUUUACUACAUUUUGCUGGGGAUUUGAGGGGGUGGAAAGAAGAAGGGUCGAGUCAGCCAUGGCUGCGGCCGCCAUGAGAGGGCAUAUUUCAAAAGCUUCAAAGCUUUUAAUUUGGGACAAAAGAAUUUAGAGAGAAAGAUUAAAAAAAGAGGGAGAGAAGUCAAAUGGAGGAGAAGGGGGGAAAAAGUGAAGCAAAUUGUGGAUGAAUCUUCUUUGCAAGUAGAAGGGAAAAAGGAGAGUGAAAGAAAAAGAAAAAAGGUGCUGUAAAAUCAUUAUGUUUGGUAGUUAAUUAUAUAAGGAAAAAAAAAAAAAAGUGCUUUGGUUUUUCUCCCCCA